AUGGCGCCACGAGCCGGCUCAUCAUUAUCGCCAAUGGCCCUUGCGGCCAAGUGGUGUGAUUCUCACGCGAGCACAGCAUCACGGUCUCGGCCAGCUGCGCAACUUACUUGUGCAUUUUCAACAACGUCACAACAAUUCAGAAGGUCAAAACCACAGCAUGACCUUCAAACUUGGCUCAAGACUCGGGGCUCCAUCUUCCGUGAUGUCCCCAAUGACGGUCCCAAGUACCUGUCCAUGAACGAGGACCAGCCCUUCCCGAUGAAUCCAUUCUUCAAGAGUCAACCCGUGCUGAGUGAGGAUAUGAGGGAAGAGAUCUUCACAAGGGUUAAGAAGAAAAAGGAAUCCUUGAAGCUAGUCUCGGCUGAGCUUGGCGUCGAUGUUCGCCGCGUCGCUGCUGUUGUGCGCAUGAAGGAGAUUGAAAAGCAGUGGGUUGCGGAGCGUAAACCAUUGGCCAGACCAUACGCCAGGGCGGUCCUGCGGAUGCUGCCUCAGACUCACCUGAAUAAGGACAGGCCGGACCUGCAGACUCCUCACGAGCCUAUCAACGAGAUACAUGUUCAUAAGCUUACGACGCAACAACUGUUUGUGCCUGUCUCAGAGUCCCGCCAGUUCAACAGAGAAGAUGCUGCCAAGGCUUUUCACAGAAAGAUGCUUUCCGUUGACGACCGUUCGCCACACAAGGAGCUCAUCUCCAUGAAGAAAGCUGACGCUGCUGGGGGUUCGAAAGCAGACUUGAUCAAGAAGUUCAGAGAGGCCACAAGAGCUGAAGAGGACAGGUUGGUGGAGAGAGAGCGCCGCCGUUUAGAGAAGGCCGAGGAGGAGACGCAGCGUGUGGAUACUGGACGUUUCGAGUUCCGGUUCAAGGAGAUGAACGUUGAGAGUGCCGGCAAGGACGGCCGGGGCAGAAGAGGAGUUGGCUGGAGAUACGGCGUCCCUUUCUACGACCGCCGGAAGGGGGAGCUCAAGAUUCCCACAUCGGUGCCUUGA